AUGAUCGACACGGGCGCGUGUAUUUCAACUAUUGAUCUUAAUUUUGCACAACAAUUGCACGGGUCCAUUCACCCAUGGGUGGGAGAACCUUUAGUGGGUUUCACAGAGGAGGAAGCCCGGCCGAUAGGCACAACCAACGUUACCGUUUUUUUUGGAAACUCUGUGUGCAACAUAACGGCGGCCGUCAUGCUGAAAUCUCCGUUCCCUGUCGUCCUGUCGAAAGGGUGGGUCGACUCUGCUCAACCGGUCUUCACGUAUGAAGACGAUAAACUCGCAAUCCUCCCCCCCCUCCCCCGUACAAACAAUUUGGAAGGGUCAGUCCGCCGGAAGGGCCCAAAACCUCCCACAGCUAAGCACCUCAGCACUAUCGCAGAGUCUCCGGAAGAGGAAGAAGAGAAUCUACCACACCGUGGUCGCCUUUUGCGUCGCCACGUGCGUCCCUCUCCGGAUAUUCGAGACGAAGCGCCGACUCGUCCCAGAUCGAUAGCAUUACUAGUGUCGAGGGACGUCGUAAUACCUCCCCAUUCCGUCGCGAGAGUUUCCGGAAAACUUAUUUCGAACGAAUCCGGAGACUUGGUUUUGCAACCUUUUCUCUAUUGCGGCGACGAGGGAGAAUUUGUGAGUCCAAGGUGCGCCGUCAAAAUCGAUGGGGGAAAAACCGAAAUCGAGGUAACAAAUAUAGGACGUUCACCAGUAUUACUGAGGCAAGGGCAGGAACUGAAUUCGAUCGACGAGGGGGAAAACGUAACCAUCGUAGCGUUGCGUGAUCAUACCUUCCAACCCCCCACAACGCCAGCCAUGGAAGACAACGAGCUUGGGGUAACACUGGAUGACUCCCUUGACGGGAGCCAAAGACGGAGACUAUUAGCGAUCCUUUCAAAGCACAAACACCACUUUCGAAAAAAAACGGAUGUCGAGGAGGUUCCGCGUGAGAAACUGCUGAACCACGUCAUCAAUACAGGAAACAGUAGACCCCUGUCCGUAGCCCCACGUAGAAUUUCACAAAAAGAGAAUAUGGUCGUAAACGAACACGUCCAAGAAAUGCGGCCCACAUAA